GCUGAGCUCCCGCCUCGCCGCCCUGGGUUCCGCAGCAUCCCUCCACAGUAGCACCUUCCUCCGAGAGUUUGGGGGCGCCUGUGGCCACCGCGCAACUGGCGCCAGUCACCAGGCAGGAGGAGCUUCUGGCGGCUCGGGAGGCGCUGGGCGCAGCCGCCCGGGAUCCGGACCAGGGCGCAGCGGGCGGCGCGCCGUCUUGGAGGGUGCCUCGGACUCCGGGUGGCGCUACGCCUCCCUCCGCUCCCCUGCCGAGGUCCAGGGGGAAGGAAUCGGGCCUGACCCGCGCCACCUUCCUCCAGUUUCUGCUAGUCGUGGGCUUCGGCGGCCCGAUGCGGCAGUCGCCGCCGAAGAGGCAGCAGCCGCUACCGAAGAGGCAGCAGCCAGCUGGAGUGAGCGGCGCGGGCGGGCGGAGAGCAGCGGGCCCUGGCUGCGGAGCCCAGCGCGCCUCUGCGGUCGUCGUGCCUGGGCCUCGGCGGGUGGGCCAGCCAUGAGAGGGUACCUCGUGGCCAUAUUCCUGAGUGCUGUCUUCCUCUACUAUGUGCUGCACUGUAUAUUAUGGGGAGCAAAUGUCUAUUGGGUACCACCUGUGGAAAUGAAACGGAGAAACAAGAUCCAGCCUUGUUUAUCAAAGCCAGCUUUUGCCUCUUUGCUGAGGUUUCAUCAGUUCCACCCUUUUUUGUGUGCAGCUGACUUUAAAAAGAUUGCUUCCUUGUAUGGUAGCGAUAAGUUUGAUUUGCCCUAUGGGACAAGAACAUCAGCGGAAUAUUUUCGACUUGCUCUUUCAAAACUGCAGAGCUGUGAUCUCUUUGAUGAGUUUGACAAUGUGCCAUGCAAGAAAUGUGUGGUGGUUGGUAAUGGAGGAGUUCUGAAGAAUAAGACAUUAGGAGAAAAAAUCGAUUCCUAUGAUGUAAUAAUAAGAAUGAAUAAUGGUCCUGUUUUAGGACAUGAAGAGGAAGUUGGAAGAAGGACAACCUUCCGACUUUUUUAUCCAGAAUCUGUUUUUUCAGAUCCCAUUCACAACGAUCCUAAUACAACGGCUAUUCUUACUGCUUUUAAGACACAUGAUUUAAGGUGGCUGCUGGAAUUGUUGGUUGGUGACAAAAUAAACACCAAUGGUUUUUGGAAGAAACCGGCCUUAAACCUGAUCUAUAAACCUUAUCAAAUCAGAAUACUAGAUCCUUUCAUUAUUAGGACAGCAGCCUAUGAACUGCUUCAUUUUCCAAAAGUGUUUCCCAAAAAUCAGAAACCCAAACACCCAACGACAGGAAUCAUUGCCAUCACACUGGCAUUUCACAUAUGUCACGAAGUUCACCUAGCUGGGUUUAAGUACAACUUUUCUGACCUCAAGAGUCCUUUGCACUACUAUGGGAAUGCCACCAUGUCUUUGAUGAAUAAGAAUGCAUACCAUAAUGUGACUGCAGAGCAGCUCUUUUUGAAGGACAUUCUAGAAAAAAACUUUGUAAUCAACUUGACUCAAGAUUGAUCCCACACACUCAGAAGAUGAUGCUUACAGUAUUAGUUUUAUUUUUAUACUGUAAUUUUUAGUUUAUAUUUUUAAAUAUGUUGGAGGCACGCGUCAUAUAAUUAUGUAUAUUACAAGUCUUUUGCUGCCUGGUGAUUUAUAACCACCAGCUUAACUUCUGUGAAUACUAUAUAUUUAACUUAUAAAAACUAAGAAAUGUUUAGUUAUCAGGGAAA